AUGGCAGCUAUCACCCAGCCCAACGGGCACGCUGCACCCACAUCUGAAUCCGGUUCUGGAAAUCAGAAAAUUCAACCCAAUGAUGUCGGUUGGCAGUUUGUCCCUCAGUACUACAACUUCGUGAACAAGCAGCCUCAUCGACUUCACUGUUUUUACAAUAAGCGGUCUACCUUCAUCCAUGGAGAAGAGGGCGAGGAGGCCCAGGUUGCUCUCGGUCAGCAAGAGAUUCACGAACGCAUCGCGGCUAUCGGCUACGAGAACUGCAAAGUGUUCAUUCAUUCUAUCGACUCCCAAUCCUCUGCUGGAGGCGGCAUCAUUCUCCUUGUCAUCGGUGAAAUGUCAAACAACGCCGGUCCAUGGCGCAAAUUCACUCAGACCUUCUUCCUCGCUGAACAACCCAAUGGCUACUUCGUCCUCAACGAUAUUUUCCGAUACCUUAAAGAGGAAGAAGAGGAGGACGAGCUCGAGGAUCCCGCGGAUCAAGAUGCUGCGGUCGAAGUCCCCGCUGGAGCUCCCGAAAGCCACUCCGCUCCUGUCCCUGUCCCCACUUUCAACCACCCUCCCACUCCCGAGUCUUCCGAGAAGCACGUCACACAGUCUUCUACUCCCAAGCCUGAACAAGCUCCUGCUCACCCUGACCCUAAAGCUGUCCCUACUGAGGCAGUAGUCGCUUCCGUCCCCGAUGUCGACAAGGCUCCAAGUGAACCAUCUGCUGCUGUGCAAGAGCCAGUAACUACUGCUCCUCCAGCGCCAGUCGAGGAGACUGCCAAGCCAGCUGAUACACCUGCGCCUCCUGCUCCUGCUGCUCAGGCAGCUGCACCCAAAGCGAACGGCUCCACUGCUGCUCAACCUCCCGCAGCUCCCGCCAAACCUGCUGCCCCCAAGACCUGGGCAUCCAUGGCCGCAGCCGGUGGAUCCUCUGCACCGAAAGCCUGGGGUGGUGCUUCCACCUCUAGCGCUGCUGCCAGCUCAUCGGCUGCCCCUGCGGCCGCUGCGCCAGCUCCCGCUGCCAAGAAGGAGGAGUCUGCUUCCGCUCCCGCUCAGACUACCAGCUCUGCCAAUGGAUCGAAGCAAAACAACAACCACGAGGGCAAGCACCCAUACUACGUCAAUGCAAUGAACGCCCCUACCCCUCAUUGCUUUGUCAAACUCCCCGGUUGGAACAGCGAGAACCAGGCAGGCGGUGACCAGACCGACGAGGCCGCCAUUCGCGCCACCGCAUCGCGUUUCGGGGAAGUCAAGAAUAUUGAGAUUGUCAGGGAGAAGGCCUGUGCCUUUGUCGAGUUUGCAAAGGUCGACGGUGCUCGUCGCGCCAUUGCUGCAUCUCUGUCCGUUAGUCAAGGAGGAGAAGGCGGAGUCAAGAUGGAGAAUGGUCGAAUUCUGAACUUUGGUCCGAGAAAGGAGAAGGACGAGCGUAGACCCAAGGGAGGAGCCGGAGCCACGGGUGGUCGAGGCGGAGCCAGUGGUGCCGAGAGAGUGGGACGUGGCCCAAACUCGGGUCGAGACGGUCAGGGCCAACAACAAAGGGAAGGCGGAGCUGGUGAGAGAGGCCAGAACGCUGGACGUGGUCGCGGUGGAAGAGGAAGAGGUGGAGCCGCACCUUCUGGUGGAGAUCGUCCAGCACCGACUCAGGCAAAAUAA